GUUUCUAGGGGGGGGCGUUAUUUAUCUACCUCUAUCCCAAUAAGCUGUCUAUCGAAUCGUUGCAAUUGAUGUCCGAUCUCGAAGAGAAGGAAGAGAUCUUCGAAAAGUAGGUUUUUAUGAUCCGAUAAAGAAUCAAACUUGUUUAAAUGUUCCAGCUAUUCUCUAUUUCCUUGAAAAGGGUGCUCAACCGACAAGAACUGUUUAUGAUAUUUUAAGGAAGGCAGAAUUCUUUAAAGAAAAAGAAAGAACUUUGAGUUUAUUGAAGAACUAAAUGAAUAAAUAAAGUAGAAGAAGAUCACUAGUAUUCCUCGUUCUCUAAUUAUUUAGACAUAAUUUACCUCCUUCUUAGUCCUAUUUGGAUUUAUGUCGUGCCAAUCCAAUAUAAGCCCCUAUUUUAUUUACUUUUUCUAUCUAAUUUGUUUUCUUACCAUUGUAUUUCCAUUGACAAAGGUCUAUUGAACAAAUAGAAUUUGUAGAUAGAUAGGUCUCUUUAUCCUCCUACAAAUUCUAUUUGUUCAAUAGACCUUACUGCAUAUUUAUAUUUUUCUGCCUACACUUCGCUCAAAUGAUAAGGGUGUUCCUCUUGCAUGUAUUUUCAUACAAGAUUUUUUUUAUUAAAAUAAAAAUAGCUAAAAAAAGGAGCGUUUUGCCAUCGUGGUUGGUUGGGGUCGUUCUUUUUUUAACCUUAGUGGAAUUUAACCGGACCUGUUCAUUUUGGCAUUUGAGUGUUUUUCAUGGUCGAUAAAUUCUUUCUUUUGAUGUCUUGCUAAUUCAAUGUUUUGACAGAAGCGGGCGGUGUAAUUCCAUUGAUUUUUUGAUUUCGAUCGUAUCUAAGAUCUUUUUUUAUCUGGGUUGCUAACUCAAUGGUAGAGUACUCGGCUUUUAAGUGCGACUAUGAUCUUUUACACAUUUGGAUGGAGCAACAAAUUCGUCCAGACUCUUGGUAGAGUCUAGAAGACCACGACUGAUCCUCAAGGGUAAUGAAUGGAAAAAAUAGCAUGUCGUAAAAAAAUCAAUUUCUUUUUUUUAUGGAAUAAAAAUUACGAUUUUCUGGGUCUAGUGAAUAAAUGGAUAGAGCUUGGCUCCAAUUCUGGUAAAAUAAAAAGCAACGAGCUUAACUUCCAAAUUGGAAAGAUUCCCCGCUCUAAUUAGACGUUAAAAAUAGAUUAGUGCCGGAUGCGGGGAAAGGUUGGGUUUUCCCAUGAGUGGACCCUUUUUUUUUUCUUUAUUUUUAGAAAUCCUAAUUAUUAUUAAUUAUGAAUUGAAUAAGGGAUAUUAUGGAUUGAAUGUGUAAAAGAAGCAGUAUAUUGAUAAAGAGGCUCUAUUCCAAAGUCAAAAGAGCAAUUGGCCUGCAAAAAUAAAAAAUUGGUUCUGUUCUCUUUUGUAAUUUAGAACAAACAUAAACUAAUUGGGUAGAAAAGGAGCGGAAAAAGAUCUGUGGAUUAGACUACCUUUCUUUCCAGGGUUUGUAUUCAAAAAUACCCUGUUCUGACCAUAUUGCACUAUGUAUCAUCAUUUGAUAAACCAAGAAAUUCUUCUUCUCUAUGAUUCAAGUAGAAAUACAAAUGGAAAAAUUCGAAGGGUAUUCAGAAAAACACAAAUCUCGUCAACAAUACUUUGUCUACCCACUACUCUUUCAGGAGUAUAUUUAUGCAUUUGCCCAUGAUUAUGGAUUAAAUGAUUUCGAACCUGUGGAAAUAUUUAGUUGUAAUAACAAGAAAUUUAGUUCACUACUUGUGAAACGUUUAAUUAUUCGAAUGUAUCAGCAGAGUUUUUGGAUGAACUCGGUUAAUCAUCCUAACCAGGAUCGAUUGUUGGAUUACAAAAUUGGUUUUUAUUCUGAGUUUUAUUCUCAGAUUCUAUCUGAGGGAUUUGCGAUCGUUGUAGAAACUCCAUUCUCGCUACGAGAAUUACCUUGCCCGAAAGAAAAAGAGAUACCCAAGUUUCAGAAUUUACACUCUAUUCAUUCAAUAUUUUCCUUUUUAGAAGACAAAUUUGUGCAUUUGGAUUAUUUAUCACAUAUAGAAAUACCCUAUCCUAUCCAUUUGGAAAUCUUGGUUCAACUCCUUCAAUACCGUAUCCAAGAUGUUCCAUCUUUGCAUUUAUUGCGAUUCUUUCUCAACAAUUAUUCAAAUUGGAAUAGUUUUAUUACUUCAAUGAAAUCUAUUUUUCUUUUUAAAAAAGAAAAUAAAAGACUAUUUCGAUUCCUAUAUAACUCUUAUGUAUCAGAAUAUGAAUUUUUCUUGUUGUUUCUUCGUAAACAAUCUUCUUGCUUACCAUUAGCAGCUUCAGGAACUUUUUUGGAACGAAUCCACUUUUCUAAGAAGAUGGAACAUUUUUGGAUAAUGUAUCCUGGUUUUUUUAGGAAAACUAUAUGGUUUUUUAUGGAUCCUCUUAUGCAUUAUGUUCGAUAUCAAGGAAAGGCCCUUUUUGCAUCAAAAGGUACUCUUUUUUUGAACAAAAAAUGGAAAUGGUAUCUUAUCAAUUUACGAUCUGAACUGUCUGAUUCUGAUCUGAUUCUCUCCUGCGAAAAUUCUCUCUUCAUUUCAGAAUUCAAGAAAGAGUGA